AAACUACACUUCCCAUGAACAUGUGCGGCACUUUACGGCAUGUCGUCACAUUAUCGGCAGUGUGCGCAACACGCUGUAACAUUUGGAUUGUGUGAAUUGUAGAAUAACUUUAUAAUUUCGUAAACUGUAUCGUUUUGUUUGUAGUUUAUCUUUACUUAAGUUGAAUCUCAGCGGCCGCAGUUUAUUCAUAUGGAUCGACAAAAACCCGUAGUUUUUAGAAAAACGGCUGCAGACAUCUAAACUCAACUGCUUAUCCAGAUUGCUAGUUUAGUAAAGGUAAAGGCUACGUGACAUGGAGAACUACAGAAAAGCACGCACGGUUGAGCAGCCCUCCCUGUGUCCGUUCCCUGACCUCCCCAGCAGUACUCCAGAAGUUCGAGUGAAGGAUGGCAGCAAAAUCCAAAACCUCUUGAGGUUUGCUUUAAGUCGCAUGGAGGAGAAAACAGCCUCCACAGAUCAUCCAGGCCCUCAUGAAGGCUCAGAGGUGAGCGCUGGUCCGGGGGAGAAUCUGUGCCACCAAAUCAUGUUCACAGGUGUGGGUCACAGUGUGGUUAAAGCCAUCACAUGCGUGGAGAUAAUGAAACGGCGUGUACACGGCCUACACCAGCUCACCAAACUGGUCUAUCGCACAGUUCAGGAGGUCUGGGAGCCCCUAGAGCCUGAGGCCGGGUUGGAAAGUCUCACAGUCAGCAGAAAUGUACCCAGUGUAUGGGUUCUGCUCUCCAGAGACUCACUUGAUAAGGACCAACCGGGUUACCAAGCUCCAGGUUCUUUUGAUGCUUUGUGGGCUCAGGCUCUCAAAGAGGAAGCAGCUACUCCGAAACAUGGACCGAGAAGGAAGCGGGGUGGAACAGGUGCUGGAAGGACAGACGGGGCUGGGAGAGGAAAGGGUCCACGCAAGCACCCGGGUAGACCUGGAGAUCCACGAAAACCUUUAGGUCAUGCUGGGGGUGGGCAGAAUUGAAUCAGUGUCUCAUCUUCCCGACAAAGCUUGGUUCAUAUUCAGUAUCUUCCCCUUUGAAGUGCCAUAUCUUGAGAAUGUCUGUCAUUAAAAUGGGAGUUUUAAAGUAUAUGUAAUGGCAAGUCCCUUAAAAUAAGAUUCUGUCUUUAUUUAUUCACCCUUAAAUGUUUCUGUUAAUAAAUGAGACUGACUUCAGAAAAGGCUCACUCUAAAUUUCCCUAUAUAUUGUGCCAAAGAGACAAUCAUUUUUAUACAUCAGCAUGUUUUUUUCAGUUAAAAUAUCUAACUGGACACACAACUAUUCAUAGGUUUAGUUUUUUUUUUUUUUAGAGAUAUCUUGAUUAUAUAUGCUGAUGUUUUUCAGUAUAUAUUGUUAGAAAAAUGUGUUAGAAAAGUACAUAUUGGUCACACAACAGGUGGAUUUUUUUACCUUUUGGACGAGUAUUGCUGCUUCAGGAAGAAAUUCUAUCCUCAAAGCAAACAAACACUAUAUACACUUGAUAUUUGUUUCAUAUAUUUGCAGAUUUGAUUAAUAGAGUAAGUUCCAGCUUAGGGUUUCAUAUCAGAAAAAUGAAAAUAUGUAAUGUUUUCCACAAACCUCUCUAUUGUUUUAUGCAAAGGAAAGGAAAUUGUGCAUUUUGAAUACCAAAUAUGUCUUUGCAGAAAAUACACAAAUGUGGCCUUGUAGGGCUGUUACCAAACACCAAUGUUUUUUUAAAAUGGCACAGCUCAGAAAGUCUAAAAGCAUGCAUAUGUUGUCUUGGGUGUUGUUUUGUUUAUAUAUAAUUCAGAUGAAAAAUAGGUGUUGUUUGAUCAGAUUUUAGGCAUAUCUGCAGCAGUGGAUUAAGUCAAAACUCGAAAAAAAUUUAAAGCAUUCCCUCCACAGACUGCUUGUCAGAGUAAAGUAAAAAGACAGUGAACGCUUGAGGGAAAUAAGUAGCUUUAUGUAAUAUAUUCAUUAAGAAAUUUUUACUUUGUAAAAUUCAGAAAAAAAGUUCAAACAAUAUAAUGGAGGGUUGUGGUGUGUAGAUAUAUGUCUCCCUGGAGCACAAAACCAGUCUUAAGUGUCAGUUUUUAAAAAUUGAGAUUUAUACAUCAUCUGAAAGCUGAAUAAAAAAGCUUUGAUAUGAUAGGACAAUAUUUGGCUGA